AAUUGAUCGGGCCACGUCGAGAAAAGCACCCACCCAUACGUUGUAGUGAACCAGUGCAGAGUAGACUCUCCACAAGGAUACAGAGACAGUAGGCUAUCACCUGAACUACCAUAAACCCUAUUAAGAGAUAUCAUUUACACUCCUGUUUAUUACAAUGGACUGCGCUUUUGAGCUCUUGGACGCUGUUGGUUUUCUGGAGAUUUGGCAACACUUUGAUGCAGACGAUAAUGGUUACAUUGAGGGCAAGGAGUUGGAUCACUUCUUCCGUCACAUGAUGACGAAAUUAGGUCCGGAGGAUAAAGUAACAGAGGAGAGGGUCCAGAGGCUGAAGCAGAGGUUCAUGUCAGCCUAUGAUGUCACCGCAGACGGACGCCUGCAGAUCCAGGAGUUGGCCGUGAUGAUCCUGCCACAGGAGGAGAACUUCCUACUGGUGUUCCGCAGGGAAGCCCCUCUGGACAACAGUGUAGACUUUAUGAAGAUCUGGAGAAAGUAUGAUGCUGACAGCAGUGGAUACAUAUCAGCUGUGGAGCUGAAGGGUUUCCUGAAGGACUUGUUCCAGCAGCACGGGAAGGCUGUGUCCUCCAGCAAACUGGACGAGUACACAGACGCAAUGAUGAAGAUUUUUGACAAAAAUAAGGACGGUCGCUUGGAUCUGAACGAUUUGUCCAGGAUCCUGGCUCUAGAAGAGAAUUUCAUGCUUCAGUUCAAAAUGGACGCCUCCAGUCAAGAAGACAGAAAGAGAGACUUUGACAAAAUAUUCAACCACUAUGAUGUUAGUAACACCGGAGCUUUGGAAGGACCAGAGGUGGAUGGCUUUGUAAAAGACAUGAUGGAACUGGUCAGGCCCAGCAUCACUGGUCCAGAGCUGGACAAACUGAGGGCUGUGCUGCUGGGACACUGUGACGUCAACAAAGAUGGAAAGAUCCAGAGGAAUGAGCUAGCGCUGUGCCUGGGAAUGAAGCCCAAUAAGAAGACCUAA